UGUACAGGUAGCAGGUAGCAGGUAGCAGGAAGGUUCAAAUCACGCCAAGACUCAUUCAGGCAAGAACGCACUGGUCGCUGGUCGCUGUUGUUCUGUCCGUCAUCCGUACCCGCCUUUGCCUUGCCUCGCCUCGCCUCGACGAUUUCCUUUACGCAUGAACUCAUUCCACCUCUCGCCAUUCUUUGUACCAACGAACAUUUUGCUAAGCAUCGCGUCUCCGCCAUUCCCUUUACGCUACAUACAAUCCUCACCGUCGCUUUGCGCAUAUACACCCAAACACACCCACUACCGAGUACCUACCAUUCAUUUCCUAGAGAGACUAAAGAGGCAUUAUUAAUUCUGUACCUCGUAUCCUUCGACUUUUUUUUAAUUUUUACGAGAAGAGGUCCCAUGCGAACAGGACAAAAACACUAGAAAAACCAGACUGCAUCGAAAGGAGACCUCGCACCCCUCUCGCCGACGAUAUAUACACAUGCCUCAGAGCAUCGCCGCAUCGAUAUCUCCCGCUUGUUUUCCGAUCGAUACUGCUAAAGCCCUGGUGAGCCCAACUUCAGUCUCGCGCCGCGCCGGCGGAAGGGGGUUCGAGGCAUAUGAUGCCUGGUGUCGUCAUGAUGGAGAACGGCGUUCGGGCGUCGCUACCCACAAAUCAUGACAGAGACCACGGCCAAUUUGUUAACGGCAACGGCAACGGGAACCACGCACCUCAAUCCGCUCCUGACCGACACAAUGGCAUUCCUACCGGGGCCGGGGCUGGUAGCAACAACGGAGCAAGCUCCAUGGCGAACAAGAAGGAACACGGCGAUGCCGCGAAUGCAGCGCAGGUACAGCGGACGAGCUCUAACCCGUCGCGUAUGAACGACCUCCCAGAUGAGAUAAAGCAUAUUACAGAUGGAUUUAUUCCCUUGAGUGUGUUGCUAUCGCGACUCGCGCAGAAAACCCACAACCAGCUAGCUGAUGAGAUCGUUGCUUUGGCCAAGAUGCCGGCGCCGACCUCUGUUCUUAACGGCAAUUCCUCACAUGGUCCCGCCGUAACAGACGAUACUUCACCCGAAAAUCUCAGCAAAAAGACUAGAAUUCUAAACUUCAUCCAGGAUAAACACGCCGAAUGGGUAAAAGCGACGGUAAUUGCGAGAUGGAGCAGGAACGCCUCAUCUGUCAGCAGUCUGAUCGACUUGCAUUCUCUUAUCAGAAUGGAGCAGAAGAGGUACUUUGAUAUUAUAGCUAUUAUGGCAGAUCAUCGAUGGUCCCUGGCCUUCGCACGACUUCCAAACCCCGACCUGCGAACUGCUCUCCACGUACUUUCCACCGGAACCGCCCCCUGGAUGCCGGAUCUUAAUUACAUCGACCCUCCUCCUCUGACUCAAAAAGAGCAGCUGCAAUGGAUCGAAAACCUGAACACGCUACUUUCGAUUCGACUUAAUUUAGAGGACUAUGAUAAUAUCCCUUACCAUUUUCGAGACUACACCAUCGAUUCUGGACGCGUCACCUUCAAAGUCCCUGGUGAGUUCGAGGUAGACCUCACGAUAGCCGACGAGGACUUCGAGAAGCAGUUCUGGUUCAUCGACUUCCGGUUCGAUUUUACCCCAGCACCCUCUGAAUUAUCCGACUCGAUGAGAAUGCAUUUGGAAGGCAAAGUCAACGAAGUGCUAGAAAAAGAAGGCCUUAAGGGAUGUUAUAAAUUCCUACACGAGCUAGUACUAACUCACAAGAUUACGGAAUACCUGCGCCAGGCUGCCGAGCUGAACAGGGAUCGUUGGGUGGAUACCCUCAAGGUCGAGCGGCUUAACCGGGCUUUGGCUAUUCAAUAUUGGGUCGGCCGCUACCCGCCGGAAGGCCCGAAGAGUUGGAUCAUCUUAGGCGUUAGCACCGGCAAGAAAGCAGAUGCACCCGAGGACCCUAAAUCGACGAGUCAUCUUACCUUACGUUGGUUUAGGGAUAAUAAGGAGGUGAAGGACGUAGAGGUUCCACUUGACGAUGCGGUUAUCUCGACGGAGGAUCUCUUAAACCGUGUCAUCGGAAGGCAUAUCGGAUAUAUCCUUGGCUCAAUAUACUCCAAGUUAAAACCGAGCGGACGUUUCACCAAGCGAGAAGCCGGUCUUGCUCUAGACGUACGAGAGGACGACCCGUCACAAUCGUCGCUCAGGGUGCAAAUAGGUUACGACCACUAUCUGACCGUUAGAAUCAGCCCCAUCACCGGAUUGUUCACGAUGAAGCCGCAGUCGAGCAUGUCUUGGAAAGGGGAGCACAGGUUAAACUGGCUAUCGAAAGAUCCUAUUCAAGACGGGGCUGUCUGUGUAGAAGGUGUAAGAUGUCACUACGUCGUCGACGAAAUUAUCCGACGCGGGAAGAGUACGGGCUGGUUCGUCUGUAAAGCGCCCGUGAAAACGGAGGCUGUUAAGGAGGCAUUAAAGUCGCGGGAAGUCGGCCAGCUUGUGUGGCUCAGACGACGUGGUUGGACAGAUCGGUGGUAUUUGAUGGUAAAUAUGAGCUUAAGCGGGGAUGUAUGGUGCUUGACGGAAGUCUAUAAUCCUCCUACUGGAGACCCGCGAAUCUCAUCAUUUACCAAGUUGCCGUUCAGCUCUUACAUGCUAAACCUCAAAGACAAGUUCUUCUCCAACUUGACCAUAUUCACUGCCGCUAUAAUCUCUCAUAUAACGGACAUGAGGACCCUCCAUCAUCGACGAAUCAAACACUCCACUUACGCCGGAAUCAACUACACCCUCCCCCCUAGCUUGAGGGUUCCAGCCAUAUUUGUAAGGCUUACGGAUAUAUUGAGGCCAUCCCAACCGAACGAACCCGGUCGGCAAGUUGCAUCUUGGGCGCACGACUACGUGCAAAUUACGUUCAGGGGCGCAAGUGGCCCGUCUACUAAACCGCAGAUUUCAGACCGUCAUUUGAUGACCGUCGAGGGUACCGGGGAAAAUGCGUCGGUACAAAAAGAGUCGUUGCAUAUAUUCCUAGAAGCUCGGAUUCAGGUUUCCAAACCGUCCAGGUUUGGCCUCCUUAAGGGGCACGUUGAACGGGAUGUGGCAUUUAGCAGACGGUUAGGGGUAUUUGCGCUUCGUUUAGAGGAGAAAAUUGGAGGCACGAUGUUGGAUACACUUGCUCAACGUCUACAGGCUAUUGACAAGCUAGCCGACUGCAUCGAUGCGAUACGCCAAAGCGACAGGGACAUCCAGUGCGAGGAGAUUACGCUUACAAAGAUCGUGGUUAAUUAUACAGACCGACUAAAAUCGGAGGCCGGUACGGCAGCGCAGCUACAUGGUCACCGUUGGAAGGCGACAUUAGAGUUGGGUCCGAACGGAACUAGGCUACUGUUCGACAAGGGCAACCCUCAGCUACGCGCCCUGGAUCUGUUCCGACAACUUGUUAAUUCGGACCUUCGCUGCGAAAAGUUACCAUUUUUCUUAUCGAGCACGUUGCCAAUCCACCGCGCUUUGGAUUCAGUCGAGGAUGCUUGGGCUCCUCUCGAGAUAAAUAACCAAGGUCGCGUUGAAGUGUUUGUAGCGCAUCUGGAUUGGUUCGAUAUACGCUACUACCUUCCACCUAGCAGGAAUUCACACGUCCCGCGCCGUUUAACGCUACAGAUUCGACUCAAAAAACGUCGCGAUGGUGUCGAAUGGGUAAUGUCUCGCGAGGAAUCCAUCACGGUAAAGAAACCCGAUGAUGAGUUUAAGCAGGCACUUGAAAAGGUCUGGAAUGCAGAUAAUAAGGUGUGGCGUUCUUUGGUUGACGCGGCCGCGUGCAAGACGGACCACAGCGUGGGAGAUUUGAUCAGAGCCGUAGACGAAAGCGUUAGGCGGCUCUUGACGCGCUCACCAACGCUUUUAAAACAAAACCAUCCCAAAGCCCAGGUGCCGGCUAAGAACCAGACCCAGGCUAUGUAUCAUAAGGCGAUGGCAGCCGGUAGGGUUCGAAUGCAGACGGACCAAGUGGUGGUAUUGGAUGACUAGGCAGCGGAAGAGGAAAUAAAUCAGUGAUGGCGUAGGGAGCAAGCAGGUAUACGACCAAAAAGUGUUAGAGAGAGACUGCGAUGUGAAUCGGGGAUGCCGGCCAUACUUGAGAUACCCUUAGGAAACAGAGGCACGAGGCGACAGGAGAAUUGCCUCCAUCGUCCGAAAGUCACAAAUGAAAUUAUUAGUAAUGAUUUACAUUCUCGGGACGCUUUUGUUUCUGAGUAGCAAUGCGAUGACUUUGACGAAUGUAUGUUCCUAUAACAGAUAGGUAGUAUGGCAAUAAGUACCUGAGUUAAUGUA